UCACAGUGAUUGCGCCUUCGUGCGUCCGUGGUUUUCUCCGGCAAGGGUUUUCACGCUACGUCAUAAGCCUAAUCUAUGCGCUGUGAAUCAGAAAGCCGAUGCUUCUCUGUUGAAAAGAAAAGGGGCCGACGAGUGAUCAUCGAUGACAGCAUGUCAAAGGAAUAUUCACCUAUCAUGUGAUUUCGAUCGAGGAGCCCUCCUAUAAAAUUUUGAACUCGCUCCCUCGAUCCAAACUUUGCGUCUUUGCCGGGACGAAUGAUCCGUCACCUUGAGGUCAAACCAACUCAGACGGCAAGAGUCCACAUAAGUCUUGUCAUGGCCUGAGCCCGAUCUACCAAACACGCACGGUCUGCAUGUGCACUGCAGGCAUACCGCCCGUCUGAACCAUGUGGCCGCAUGCAUAUUCAGUUGGUGCAGAGGCCGAAAGAGUAGUAAGUAAAUUUCCUCCUUUCCGAAAAGAAGAACCCGUGGCCAGCUGCUAAGGUUGCUACAGACAAUAGAUGCUCUGCAGCAAUGUAUAACUAGCUGAAAGCUUUUCUUUUAAUUCCAUGGUUAAGCUUGAAGAAAUACGCACAAUCAUUCGCGCCCUGCUGGAUUCGUUUCGUUCUAGCUGUGCCGCAUUUGCUAUUCUGCAUGCAUCUCUACACUGACUAGAUGGAGCUUGUCUGUCAGGAAUCGGGAUUUGCUAGCAUUGCAUGCCGUGUGUAUCCGAUGCCUGCCCUUUUAGGCCUUUGCUACAUGCAGAAAAAAAAAGGACACAGCAGCAUCUAAAAUCUAUAAUAGAGUAAAGGUACUAAUUGGACCAUUCCGGUUAUAUAGUUAAAAUUGAGCAAUCGGACUCCCCCAACAUGCAACGAGGCCUCAAUGAUUAAGCUUGGUUUGGUCACAAAUAUAGUACUACUACGUACUACAAAUCUCACUUCUGGAGACGAACAAGAAUACCAGCUGAGACAGAGCUGAAUUACCAGGUGUCAAGGAGACGCAAGUCACAUUCAGUCUUGGCAGUAAUUAAUUAAAUCGUCCAAACAACAACGCGAGCAGUAUCUGCCAACUUUUUUUUUAGUUCUAGUGUCAGGACAUGACAGUUCUUGCAUGCACGACGCCGCCGUAGCAUUACAAGAUGCAGCAACAAUCACCACUUCAUCUUCCUCGCAAAAAUGGCGUGCAUACGCAGCUGUGGGGGAAUCCACGGCUUGACGUAGUACUGCAUGCAGGUGAAAACACCGGAGUGCCGCAGAUCUCGCAGGCUUUCCAUUGCCACCAAUCAUGGCAGAAAAGCCAUGGCCUCGCCGCGACCCCACUCUCUCCACCACAUAUUUCCGCCACCAACCCUUUUCCCCCUCCGCGCGCACAUGCACCGCCAAUCGGUCGAGAUUCCCCUUAAUCCCUCCAACGUUUAACCAUAAACCUUCUAUUUAACACGCUCCACUCAUCAGCUCUCCCCUUCCUUAGCAAGGAAGUAUAGCUAAGCCAGUGUAUAAAGAGGGUGUCAGUGCCACUGCCACCAGAGCGAUCGAGUACGUGCCGGCAAUGGAGGUCCAGAUGAGACGGGGCGGCGCGACGCACCUGGUCCAGGCGGCGGCGGUGGUGGUCUCCUACGUGGUGCUGAUGGCGUCGGCGGGGGUGCGCGCGCAGCUGCGGGUGGGGUUCUACGACAGCUCGUGCCCGGCCGCGGAGAUCAUCGUGCAGCAGGAGGUGAGCAAGGCGGUGUCCGCCAACCCGGGCCUCGCCGCGGGCCUCCUCCGCCUCCACUUCCACGACUGCUUCGUCGGCGGCUGCGAGGCGUCGGUGCUGGUCGACUCCACCAAGGGCAACACGGCGGAGAAGGACGCCGGGCCCAACACGAGCCUGCGCGGGUUCGAGGUCAUCGACCGGAUCAAGGCGCGGGUGGAGCAGGCGUGCUUCGGCGUCGUCUCCUGCGCCGACAUCCUCGCCUUCGCUGCCAGGGACAGCGUUGCGCUGACUGGCGGGAACGCGUACCAGGUGCCGGCGGGGCGGAGGGACGGGGGCGUGUCGCGGGCGCAGGACACGGGCGGCAACCUGCCGCCCCCGACCCCCAACGUGAACCAGCUCACCAAGAUCUUCGCCUCCAAGGGGCUCAACCAGAAGGACCUGGUCACCCUGUCCGGCGCGCACACCAUCGGCGGCUCGCACUGCAGCUCCUUCAGCAGCCGCUUGCAGACGCCGUCCCCGACGGCGCAGGACCCGACCAUGGACCCCGGCUACGUGGCGCAACUGGCGCAGCAGUGCGGCGCGUCCGCCUCGCCGGGGCAGCUGGUGCCCAUGGACGCCGUCACCCCCAACUCCUUCGACGAAGGGUUCUACAAAGGCAUCAUGUCCAACCGGGGCCUGCUCGCCUCCGACCAGGCGCUGCUCAGCGACGGGAACACCGCCGUGCAGGUGGUCUCCUACGCCAACGACCCGGCCACCUUCCAGAGCGACUUCGCCGCUGCCAUGGUCAAGAUGGGUUACAUCGGCGCGCUCACCGGCAGCAGCGGCAAGAUCAGGGCCAACUGCAGAGUCGUAUGAUCGGUCCAUCCAUGGCGACAUGCAUCAAGGAUCAUCUUUCUCAUUUAGAAGAGUGGCGAUGGAUUAAUUUGGAUUGGACGUGCACCCGUGCUAGCAUUUAGCGUUCUUGUUUGACCAUGUACGUAGUACUCCGCCUAUUCUUUUGCUCAUCGAUCGAUCUGUAUUGAUUCUUUCUCGGCUGAGGUGUGUGUGUCUUUUGAGGAAAUUGUAACUAGCUACUACCAGCUUUGUGAGUCUUCGUGUGCCAAAUUGAUGAUACUAAAUAAAUAAAAAUACAAUGUUAAUUAUCUUGUAGUGA